AUGCCGACAGCAAAAAGAUUGUCUGACUGGUAUAAAGUAAUGUUGAACACGGCAUUGCACGAAAAGGUUAUUCGAAGUUAUCAGGUAAAACGGCCAAAUUCAAAGACCGAGGCGAAAAAAUCAAAAAAAACAAAAUCCAAGAUUCGAAGAAAAACUCCCAAUAUUGCCCCGAAUGGUCUAAAGGAGAAGUUUUUGAAUAUGUUGGAGAAACACAAAAACAUAUUUUUUGUAAUCGAACUCCAUCCUCCUGGAGCUGGGAGUCAAAUGUCGAGAAUUGUUGACCCCGAUCCGUCCAUUCAUUGUGAUCUGACAGACACCCGAGAUUCAUUUCUGACAUUUUGUCGUGACAGAAACUACGAAUUUUCAUCAAAGCGAAGAGCACUUCAUUCAACUCUUUCAAUCCUGAUUGAACUACAUUCGAGUUCAUCGAAUGCUUAUCACUGCAAUUCAUGUAAAAAGACAAUCAGCGGUGUUCGGUAUCACUGCAAUAUUUGCAAGGAUUUUGAUUUAUGCCAAGAAUGUUCCACGAGUGUCGAUCACUGCCACAAACUCAACAAAACAAUUGACAUUCUGCCAUCAACCAGAUCCCCCGCUCAAAUAGCCAAUUCAGACCCCACUCGUCCUCAGGCAAGGACAAUGGAAGACAAUAUUGCUGAGAUUAACCAUAUUGUCAACUGUCUGGAUGCCAAUUGUGCCAGAGAUGUGUGCAAGCAAUACAGGCGUGUUUUACUGCCUCACUACGGUGCUUGUAAAAAUCGGCGAAACUGCCGAACAUGUGAGCAGAUGACUCGAUUGUACACAAUGCAUAGCCGACAGUGCAAAAAUGAUAACUGCAAUGCAAAAUAUUGUCGGGAAUUCAAAAAUCAUUUUGUGAAUGUCGAUAAGCAGAGGAGAAUCCGAAACCAGGGUCUGCAGAAUAGAAGAAUUCGGGCAAUGAAUGUGGAUACUGUGGAUAAUGCACAAUUGCCGUCAAACAUUGGAACCAAUUUGGUGCCUCAUCAACAACAGCGCCUGCCUUCUCAGAUUCGGCAGGGUCGUCCACGACCGGAUAAUAAUGGAGGACGUGGAAUUCCGCCAUAUCGAGUUCCCUCUAAUGUUGGAGUAUCCCGGAAUGGAUAUUUGAAUUAUCCCCCCUCUCAUAAUGUGGAGAUUGAACAAUACAAGAGAAGAUGUCCAGGCACUCCCUAUCAAGAUGAGUAUCAUCGUUACAGAAUGGAAUUUGAUCAGUCUGACAUGAGACGUCAGCCAAUGGGUCGUCCACAGAUCAAUCAGCACCAUAUUUCUUAUAUGAAUCAAAGACCACAAACAGUUUACAAUCCUGCGGGGAUGACGAAUUAUAAUCAUGGACAGUAUGGGUAUCCAGAUCGUCAGAAUAUGCCAAAAAUACGACCAGUUAUGCACACAAUGUAUGAUCAUCGGAACCCCUCACACGACCAAUAUCAAAUGGCUUACCACGUUGAGAGAGGCCACAAUGCCCCAAUCUAUCGUCAUCAGGCUAACAAUGUUUAUGCAAGUCGGGGAGUGCCCAAUAAUUUCAAUUUUCUACGUUCGCCUCAUCCGAACUCGAAUUAUAUUGUGGAUACACCUAACUCUCAGAUGAUUAAUUCUCAGAAUGUGAUUCGACCCCCUAAUCCUGGACAAUAUGAACCAAGUCCUCGCGUUGACUCCGAGUAG